AAGCCGAGACCGCAGUCGCGUGCCAUAUGAUAUCUAUCAUGUACGCCCGAUAGAUCUACACGGCGUGUCAUACAGCGAUCUACAGUAUUAUUAUUUUUUGUUUAUAUCGAAAUAGUAUUACACGCAAUAUUUACAAUUAUUAUAAUAUAGUGUAAAACCGUUCAACCGUCGUCUGGUUAGCACACUCGCUUCAACCUCUGUGUGGAAAAAACUCAGCAUACUAACGUUCAAAAACUGCAAUAAAUAUACCAUAUUUAAAUUUAUAUAUGCAUUCCGAACUGCUAUAAGUACGAUCCAGAAUAAUUUUACCUGACCGUUGUUAAUAGCUAUCGUUGUGUACAUGCCCCAAGUGUCGAUUGUUCAGCUAGAAGAUACUUUAUAGUGCAUAGUGUGUGGUACCUACUUUACCGAUCACCUGUAGUGUUCUACGCCGGGUCGUGAUGAAAUGAGUUUGGUGGAAUACCCAAGGUCAGAAUAUGUCCGUUUGCGAUUGCUGGGCCAGUUUCAAGUUUUUUCAAAUUAUUUUGUGUUUGAGUUGUCUACUCUAUAAGAGAUGGUCGGACGUAGAAGCCACCAGACUGUUUUAUUUCUUCGAGAAGUCGUCUAGAGAGUGGCCAUUGCUGAACAACAUUACAAGGAAUGGGGCUGGAUCCCUGUUCGCGGAUGUUACUUUUGGCGGUUACAUAAUAAUAUGCGUCGCGCUAUACAUAGCGUACUUAAUGGGAGAGCUGAAGAAUAGCAAAAAAAACGAAUCGUUUCUGUUGGUCAUCGGCGCAGCGCUGUUCAUCGCCGUCGGCUGUCUGGUAUUGACCGCCGUGGACAGCGUACCCGGGAACCUGGUCAUCAACGCACUCGUGUUGGGCAUCUUGUCCAUAGUGACUGGCAUGGUGUUCGUGCUGGAUACGUGCCUGUCGAACAGGCGAAACGAUAAGGAGUCGCACCUGUUGCCGAAAAACACUCGGUACGGCGACAUCGCGCGUACUAGGACCGCCGUCGACGGUGCACUGCAUGCCAAUGGCGCGAACGGAAUGCACGCCAACGGGACAAACGGAUUGCACGUCAACGGUACGAACGGAUUGCACGCCAACGGUAUGAACGGAUUGCACGCCAACGGGACGAACGGCGUGCACAUCAACGGGACGAAAGGAGUUCAAAAGCGGGAGGCGGUGGAAGAAAACAAGGAGAAAAACGGCUUGCUGCGGACGACCGCGGCCGUCAACGGUCGGGUGGUGGAGACCAAGAACGAGAGCGUUCAGACGACGGCGAGCAGGGAUCGCGGACGACCGGAAGAAGAUUACGACGACGUUGACGGGGCGGUCGCACACCAGUACGGUCGCAGGUACAUGGGCGACCGCGGGUUUGACGUGGGUCGCGGACAUAGGCACGCCGACUGGUACGACACGGACAUGGAUCUGCCAAAAAUGAAGAAACUCGAGAUCAACGUGCCGACAGAAGAGUCUCCGGAUUACCGUCGCAGAUUUGUGAAUAUUAAGAACAGUACUAAACUACAAUCACCUAGCAUUACGAGUACUGUGCACAAUCAACAAGAAAGUCCAAAGGAGGAAAAUGAACAUGAAGUGAAAAAUGCCAGAGUACCAUAUGUUUUUUCAGAAAAAAAGAGACCAACUAGACCUACUGAUCUACCUUUAAAAUCACCUGUGGAGAGAGUGAAUGAUUCAUUACAAAAAUCGGUUAAAAGUCGAUUUUACUUUGGGGCGAACAUGGAAGAGCCUAAAUCGCCAAAUGAUCCUGGCUAUGUACUGCACACUGCGUCGAGAUGGGAAGAACAACCUGCAGCAGCCGUGCCACAAAAUGGAUACAAAAACUUUAAAAGAAGUCAAGUAUAAUCUAAGUAAAUAAACUUAUUUAAUUUUGUAUAAAUUUCAAUAAUUGUG